AUGCGGUCGGAUCCUGGCGACUGGGAUGCGAAUCCGGAUCUAUCCAUUUCCGCUUUUUCGGAGUUACCUUCAAAGGACUUUGGUGUCAACCAACAUAUGAUAAUCAACCAGGAAUUCAAGGAAGCCUUGCGUCAGAUUUUAUGGCAGUUUCGAGCGCCGAUUCGGUACGCGUUUGCUUAUGGAUCCGGCGUCUUCCAGCAGACAGGCAGUGCGCCUGGCUCCAACCAAUGCCACCCGUCGGCCCCAGCAGCCAUUAAAAACAUGCAACAGGGUCAAGGCAAAAUGAUUGAUUUCAUCUUCGGAGUGUCCUACUCCCAACAUUGGCACUCCUUAAACCUGGGUCAGCAUCGCGACCAUUACUCUGGUUUAGGCUCCAUGGGAUCUUACAUGGUGUCCCAAGUGCAGGAUAAGAUUGGCGCGGGCGUGUACUUCAACCCCUACAUCACUGUGAACGGCACACUUAUCAAGUAUGGGGUCGUGAACCUGGACACAUUAUGCCGGGAUCUCAGCCAAUGGGAUACCUUGUAUCUUGCAGGACGGCUGCAAAAGCCGGUCAAGAUCUUGCGUGACCACCCGAAGGUGCGCCUUGCGAACCAGAUUAACUUGCUGUCCGCUGUCCGAGUAGCUCUACUACUUCUGCCAGCUGAAUUCACCGAGUUUCAACUGUACAGUACUAUUGCGAGUAUGAGCUACAUGGGUGAUCUUCGCAUGGCACUGCCAGCGGAAGACCCCCGCAAGGUGAACAACAUUGUCUCUUCGCAGAUGGCGAACUUCCGGCGACUGUAUGCACCACUUAUCGAGAACCUUCCAAAUGUUACAUUUAACGACAGGCGUUGCACCGAGGGCGAUUGGAUCGAUGAUCCCGAUGCAAAUGUUCGCCUCACUCAGGAUAUGGACCCGGUAAAGCGCGGCAAUAUGGUUCGCCGUCUUCCCGAGUCUUUCCGUGCGAAGCUGUACUUUCAGUACCAAACGCGCUAUCAAAUUCCACGGGCGGAGUUUGACAAAAUGAUGAAAGAGAACAAUGACACCUCCGACUUAGUACGUCGGAGACAGGGUGGGCCAUUUGAACAGCGUAUUGCUGAUGACAAGAACCUCACGACCGAAGUGCAGGCUGCAAUCUCGAAGACCAUCCGCUGGCCCAGCACCGUUCAAUCGGCCAAGGGACUACUCACGUCGGGAAUAGGCCGAACCUGGCGCUACCUGCGAGAGAAGCAAGAUAAAUACAAGAAUCUGACAGGAUGGCUACCAGAAACUCCCCCUUCGAUCUCUCCAAAUGCGCGCGCCCUAACAUCCUCAAAUUGCAGCCUUACCGUUGCGCCAGAGAAUGAUGGGUCGAACAUUUUGCUCGAUGCCAACGAGAACGCUUACGGCCCUGGUCUUGCGCUGAACUCUGAAGGUGCAUUGGAGAAGUCUACAGUGACGGGAACCUCGACGGGUGCUUCCAAGCCAGAGAUUGAUCUCCUGGGUCUGAACCGUUACCCCGAUCCUCACCAGAUCGAGUUGAAAAAGCUUUUCUGCCAACUGCGCAACACCCACACCCACACCCAGAAGGACCUUGGGCCUGAGAACCUCUUCGUUGGUGUCGGAUCGGACGAGGCCAUCGAUGCGCUACUGAGAUGUUUCUGUGUUCCUGGCAAGGAUAAGAUCCUUACCUGCCCUCCCACAUAUGGCAUGUAUGGAGUCAGCGCACAAGUGAACGAUGUCGAGAUUGUGAAGGUGCCUCUGGACGUUAACAAUGACUUUCAACUGCAGCCGGAGAAGAUCAAUGAGGCGCUCGCCGCUGACCCGUCGAUUAAGAUGGCGUAUAUCUGCUCACCUGGUAACCCCACGGCGAACCUGAUCAAGAAGUCUGAUAUCCUGAAGGUGCUUGAGCACCCCACAUGGAACGGAGUGGUGGUUGUGGAUGAGGCGUACAUUGACUUUGCCCCGGAGGGCUCCAGUCUCGCGGAAUGGGUCACGGAAUGGCCCAACCUGGUGGUCAUGCAGACGCUGAGCAAGGCCUUUGGCUUGGCAGGUAUCCGAUUGGGUGUUGCGUUCACCAGCCCUCCGAUUGCGACCCUCCUCAACAGCCUCAAGGCGCCCUACAACAUCUCCAGUCCUACCAGUGCGCUUGCCACGGCAGCACUCUCCCCGACCAACCUGGCCGUUAUGAGGAAGUACCGGGAGCAGAUUAUUGCCCAGCGGAACCGCUUGGUGCAAGAGUUGCCCAAGAUCCCGGGUAUUGGCCGUUUCCUUGGCGGCCAAGAGGCCAAUUUCCUUUUGGUCGAACUACUAGAUAAGCCAACCAACGAGGGCGGCAAGCCUAGCAAUGCGACUGCCUUGGCCGCUUACGAGGCCAUGGCCGAGAAGAGGAGUGUUGUGGUGCGGUUCCGUGGAAAGGAACUCGGAUGCGAGGGCUGCCUGCGUAUCACUGUAGGAACCGAGCAGGAAGUCACCAAGUUCCUGCAGGAACUGCGCGUGGUGCUGCACGGUAUUCUCAACGGAGAGACCAUCCAAUCUCUGAGAGAUUAA